AUGGUGGACGAGUUGACUGCAGCAACGGGCUUUGUCAUGGAAGUAAAGCGGCGUAAGCCGUUGAAGAUUUGCAACUCAGCGCGAUCAAGAGCACUAGGAAUCGUCGCAGAAAGCCUGAGGGAACUUAAAGAAAUUGCAAGUUCAAAAUUUGGGUUGGUGGCAGCAAAGUGCCGGGUUUGUCUUGAUAGUGAUGGAACUGAGAUCGAAAACGAAGAAUAUUUCAGCUUCCUUGAAGAUCAAACUAAACUCUUGAUUUUAGGUGAUGGGGAAAGGUGGACAGAUGGCCUUCAGAGUAAGUGCAGAUUCUUUUUACAGAUUUAUUUCCUUUGGCACAUUCAGCUGAUCUGCGACGUAAAUCAAUUGUGUAACGUAAACGUAUUUAAUAAUAUGGUAAAUUUUGUAUUGUUUGGGUUCGUCUUUUGUAUGGUACGAUCAUCUUAAAGUUAAGUUAUACUUUGUUAUACUUUACUUCAAAUUUAACCGAUACAUGCGUCGUUGUUUCUAUUACGACUGCUCUGACAUGACCGGCGUAUGGCUGAUCAAACGUGUACAAUGAAUGAGUAGCCAGUGAUCGGAUCCUUACGUUUGCGCAAAGAUUUCUGGGAUCGCCACAGGGCAAACAUUGCAACUCGCCAGAAAGAAAUGUAUGGGAUACACUAAAUCUCCCUCCAAGGGUGUCCACAAUAAGGGAAGUUGACUGCAUGUCAAUGCAAGUGAUAGUAUGUCUAAACUAUCACAGCUAAAACUGAAUAUGAGAGUGAUCUUCACAGUAAUGAACACUAUUCAAGCAGUGGUGAAAAUUAAACCCCCCAAAAAAUUCAGGCCUGUAUGGGAGUUGAGCCUAUGUCAUUGGUUCAACUUCCACUCAGGCCAGGUAUUAUUUUCACUAUUGCAUAGGUAGUGUUUAUUACUGUGAAGAUCACUCUCAUAUUCAGUUGUAGCUGUGACAGUUUACACAUCAUAUCUAUGCACUUAGACUUAACUUUGAUCUUACACUUACAUUUUCCAACCAGUAUGUUUUUCAUGCCUGCCAGAUUUUCAACAGAAUUUGACAUAAAACUACGGGAAAUCUUCAGUUUGUUGGUUGGGUCAUUCAUAACUUAAUAGCCAGGCAUUUGAUCAGGAGAAGGGGUACUGGACAUGAGUCACUUUUGAAGCAGUAACUUAUAUUGCACUGCAGUACAUAGCAAGGUUUUGUAAAGCCAAAAGACAUUUAUUUGCUAACACAAACAUUGCUAUCAGUGACAUUGUAAACACCUUUGCGGUGGAAUAAAUAUUUCUUGACAAAUUGUAUUUAGCUGCCAAGGAAGGUGACUUUAAACCAGUUGAAGGGUCUCUUAAUGACAACAGCAAGUAAUAUAAUCUUAUGAAUAUGAAAAAAGCAGCCAUUUCAGGAGCCACCAAAUUUGCAAAAAGCAAUGAUCAUUGUGUACCCUUGGCUUUUUAUGAAGUUCUGCUCACUUGAAUAAAGGCAAAUAGAGUUACAGUGUUACUUGAAAUUCAAACUGUGGAAUAAUGAAUGGAGUUUUUGAAGUCAAAACAUGCAAAUUGUGAGGCAUUCGAUCACUUCCUGAAUUAGAUAAUUACAUGUGUAAACACAAUCAUGAUAGCUGAUCUGCUUCCAGUAUUUCUUGCCCAUCAGGUGACCAAACUCUGGCUCAAUGUUUGUUUACUAAAUCUCAUACAUGUAUGUAGAACAUGCAAAAAUCACUUGUUUCACAUUAUUCAAAUGUUUUUAAGAGCUGUCACAUACUGGUAACUGCUUUAUGCAAAAGACUGAUAUAUGAUGUACAAGAGUAACAAUCACAAAAUUUACGUACAUAUAUAGCAAGUUUUAGAUUUACAUUGGUAGAGGAUGAGUAGGUAGAUGUGUCAAUAAAUCAAAGGAAACUAUUAAUAAGUCAUGGAUACUUUAUGUUUGAAUGGGUUUUGAAGAUAACUGAAUUCCUCUUUAUAAAAUUGUACACUUUUACAUGGAAAGAUUCCUCUUUGACCCUUUGUUAUGUAAGAAAGAGAGUACAUAAACGGCACAGGUAUAGGAAUCCAAAACAAAUUGUAAAUUCAUGUUAGCUCUUCAGCCUUUUAAAAGGUUAGGGUUGUAAUUGUUUAUUCUGAUCUCUAAGGGAGAUCUCUUAAGGAACGAUGUUGAGUGCUUCAAGGAAUGUCUAAUGGCCUUUAAACACUGAUCUUCUGUAAGUUUUGAUUUUUUAAGAAAUGUCAUAUCUUGACCAUAAUUAUCUCAUCUUAUCAAGAAGAUUUCUUAUAUGAUCAUAGUGUUUUUUCAUUUCUUUUAGUUCAUCCUCUUCUAAACGGGUUUCUUUUAAAGGUUCUAGAAUCAUAGAUCAUGGCAUUGGAGGCAGGGGAAAUUAAAUCUACAAAUUGUUUUACCACAUUUUUUACAGGUCUUUGCAUGUCUUUCUGUUUGUAGAUUCACCAGUCCUCUCAUUUCAUCUGAUUGUAAUACAGUAUCUGUGACAUCUGAAAUUCUCUCCUCAACUUCACACCAUCCAUCAUAACCAUUGUCAUUACAGCCAGUGACUAAUUGUUGGUGUAACUAUGAUGUCUUUGAGUAACUAGGAUCAGUUGAAUGUAUUUCAGCAUUACCAGUGUUUGAGUGUGAAUUACUGAGGAGUUCUUUCCAUUCAUUACUUUGAUUUGCAAGAGCAUCAUAGGCUCUAGUAUUAGGAUUAUCAAGAAGACAAUUUGCCUGAACUUCUAUAUGCUCAUUUUGAAACAAUUUACUUGUUUUGACAAGGUAUUUUGUUGCUUUUAACACUUUUCUUGGUCUAACAUUCUGAAAUUGAUAAUGAUGCUUAUAACUCAACUUUCAUUUAAGUUUGAUGGGGUAAUCUGUGAUUCACUGAUUGGUCUUGGUAAAGUGCUAACUGUUGAAUUUACAUCAGCUGAUACAUUAACAACAUUUCCAUGAAUAGAUAAUUGUCCACCAUUUAUGUGUAUCUGCAUAAAUGGAAUAUGCAGAAAAAUUAAUCUUUCUUCUAAAGGUGUUCAGUUUAAACAUUGUUGUUUCAUAGGUAAUCCCAUUUUGUUUGCUUUAGAACAGACUGGUAGUUUCUCAUUACUUAGGUUUGAUUGGCAAGUAGAGCAAAUCCAUUUCGUAUUAUCUAUAAUAGCAUUAGUAGUUAUACAUGCUUCAGGCAAAGUUGUGGAACAUUUAGGAUAUUUGUUUGCUUCACACUUUCUAGCAGAUGACCAAUACCAUGAUUGAUUACAGCAAGUACAUGCAUGUUCAGGACCACACUUACUGCUAUCAUGAAAAGUUUGAGUGACUUUUGUCAUUGUGAGCAUCUCUUGUGUAGAAUCUUGACGUUUAAAUUCAUGAACUUCCUCACCUGCUUUACAACUUGGUCUUUUAGUAGCUGGCUGAAGCAGAUCAUGGUCACAUGGGUUCAACCCAGACAUCAAGGAUCUCUUUCUAUUCUGUGCAUUUUUGUUCACUUCUCAUGCAUGCUGAGGGUUACUGCCUGCCUAUUCAGCUCUCUAAUAUGAUCAGGAUUUGAUUCUUUGCAUUUGUUGAAUGCCCCCUUUGAGAUUCUCUUGUUUUUUCAAUAUUUUCUGAUCUCUUUUCUUGCAGAGCUCUGUUUUGCUUAUUUCUGAACUCAUUAUUGUUUUGGUUGUACACUGAUCUAUCAUUAACUUUGCUAGCUGAUUGUUAUCAAUUACAUUGUUUUCCAUUGUCUCUUCAUUGAAAGGAACAGUUGAAACAUAGUGUGUCAUCAACAUGUCCAAUAUUUAUAACAGUUGUAUCAGUUUCUGAACCAACUGGACUUAUAUUUGUAACCAAUGCAAACCUGGAUUAGAUUCUAUAACAUGUACUAUCAAGUUUAAUGCUUCUGCAACUGCUUGUUUCAUAAGUGCAUCAGUCCAUGUACCCUGGUGUGACAUAUUAGCUACAUACCUUUACCAUGAAUGGUCUGGACUACUUUCGAUGAAUCUUUCUGGAUCGUUUCUCAUAUAUUGAACACCAGUGCUACAACCAUUCAUGUGAUAGCUAGGUUCACCACACAUCUAAUGAUACACAACUCUAAAGAAGCAAUCACCUGCACCACUUAUAUCUACUAUUCUCAAGCCAUUUUGAGCUAAUCGAGAUUGUAACAGUUCAUUAAGAUUGUUUGGUUUAUUUCCCUGAGUAAAAGGUCCCGGGUUUAACUCAAUAUCACCUGAGCCAAGUAACUUUGCCCUUGUAACAAAAUUGUUGUGAUUUCGUAUCUUACACUUAAUUGAGUAACAUUGAACAACAUGUACAAAUUUAUUAUGAAAAACUGCAACUGGUACUUCACGUCUUUUUAUGCUUUGUAGUUCUUGUUUUGAAAACAUAAUCAACAGCAAAAUACAAUCUUGAACCUUUUGCACAAGUGAUUCCAACUGGUUUACUUCGACACAUUGUGGUUUUAAGAUAAUUACGUUAAUCAAACGAUUAAAUCGUUUUCAACGCUGAUGAAUGUGGUACACUACGCAUAAUAUGAGACCUUACAUACCUCCAAAUUGCUUUACUCUUAUUAAAUAAGUUCAGAAUUCUCUUCCACGGUGAUCUCGAUGGUUCUCUAUCACGACGGACUUGUAAUUUCCCUGUAUUUUUCUGUUACCAUCAGAUAAUUCUUCUGACUGCGUUUCGUUCUGCUUGGCCACAAGAGUGUUUUGGUUGGAUAUCAUGAAAUGACAAGUUGUGCUACUGAUGUUUAUAAUAGCUUUGUUUAACCUUACGUUUGAUUAAUACUUUUGGUGAUAUGAGUGCUCAUAGGUUCCCUCAUAAAUUCGAUCAUAAGUUCGAUCAGAGGUUCGCUUUUAAGAUUCAAUCGUAAAAGGCUCACUAUUUAUAAACCCCCUGUAGCCUUGGAGGAUCGACGAGCAAACGCCUCAAGGAGUCAAAGACUCUUCGCAUUCAGUGUCUACACUCAUAGUCACACCUUAAGUCUUUCAAAAGCUUUGACUCGCUUACAUAUGUGCUGAAUGCGACGAGUAUUAAUCGAUUUGACCCCGGACAAAAGUCGUUUUUACGCUUCUCGUAUCCGCGACUGGAAAGGAAGUGACUGAAGCUGAUUGGUCAGAGGGCAAUGUAAGUUUGAUAUUUUGACAUGAGAAACUGCAAAAUAAUAAGUCUGAGAUGAAAAUAGCACAGAUUUACCUUACUGGAAAAUAAGCUUGAGCCUCAAUCAAGGGUUUAAUUAAAGUGGAAUACUGGCUGUCUCCUGCCGUCUGUAGGACCUUGCGCUGGCAUCUGUUUGGCCUGCCAGCAGGCUCUUGUGUUUGCUUUUACCUUAUGGCACAGCUGCUUAUCACACAAUCCCCAGCCACUUAUGGAAAAAGUUAUUGAAACAGCUGCUCAAGGAACUGCAAUGUUGCUGUUGAUUGUAAUUUUUUACUUUUUAUGCCACAGGUGGGAAAGAAAAGGAAACUAACACAAAAUCAAGAAAAGGUGAAGUAUUAUCAACUAAGGCAGGAGGAAAAGAGACUGAAGUUGCAACAAAUGUUAACAAGUUACUAAAAGUUAGGAAAAAUAGGAGCAAUCUUUUUGCAACAAACUUUAUAUCUGACAUGCAAGACUUAGAAAGUGAGAGCAGUGAUGAUGACAUGCCAUUGAUGGAGCGUUUAAGCCAGUCUUUAAGGAGUCAUGGGGAAUUGAGCUCAUUUGUAAAUAAAAGAAAGGCACCAGAGCAGGCCAAGGAGUCCACGCCUCAAGGAGACAAAAUGCAAGUUGAUCAUUUGAUUAGGCGCCAUUCAUUGAAAGGGCAAAGAAGGACUCAUGCAAGUGUGAGUAGCUCGAGGGAAGCUAUUUUAGGUGCGUCGGCUUACAAAAGUUUAUUUACCAUGCCUGAACACUCACGUCCAAGAAGGAAAGAAGCUUUAGAAACAUCUGUAAUUAAAGUGGCUGAGUGGCUCUCUGCAAAUAAUAUGUCCUCAACUUCAGGUGCACACAACAGUGAUAGUGAUGAAGGUACCAUUGAUGUAGACGGUGAGAUUGCAGGUGAGAAAGACUGUCAUUUGACCCUUUACACCAUAGCAGUAGUAUUCAUACUCUUCAUACUUUGCUCUAUAAAUUUCCUUUGGUACUGACAAAGGAGAAUUUACUUCAAAAUUAAAGCUUCUAAGGUUGGCAAUGGUUUCCUUUAUUCUUAUCAUCUUGAGGAAUGAUUCUGCAGUCAUACUGUAAGGACAAAAGUACAUUGUAACCCAGGUAAUUUAGUGUUAACAACUGAAAACGUAAAUUAGCCACCGUAAAAGAUAAAAAGCUGACGUUUCGAGCGUUAUCCCUUCGUCAGAGCGAUUGGAGGAAUUGUGUGGGUUUAUAUGUAGAAAGUGGAGCUACACCAUUGGUGGGAAUAUGGUGACGAGAAAACAGGAUAAAUUAGUUGAAUGAAAAGCGCUCGUUGAUUCCGUGGGGAGUAAGGGUGCCAAUUUGGAAGAUGAAUUUUUGUUCUAGUGUUUUACGGCUUUUUCGAACCGCCUAGAUGUAAGGAAAGGCUGCAGACUGCCAUAUGCUGUUUAGAAUGAUUAGGAAGAUUAAAGUGUCUAGCGACUGGUUUGGAUGCAUCCUUGUCAUUUCUUUCCACGUCGCGAGGUGUUCUCGGAAUCGGUCACCUAGUCGUCUUCCUGUUUCGCCGAUGUAUAACUUAUUGCAAUAAGUGCAAGUUGUGCAGUAAAUAACAUUGGCGGAGGUACACGUUAAGUGAUCAGUGAUCUUAAUGGAUCUCUUGGGUCCCGAUAUUUUCUCUACGUUAUGAAUGAAAGAACAAAUUUUGCAUCGUGAGCGAGCGCAUUUGAAAGUUCCAGAUUGGUCAUUGGUUUGAAAUGAAAAAAAAAAUGAAAAACUAAAAAAUUUGCCUACGUUUUUGUCACAUUUGAAUGAAAUAAGUAGGGGUUGCGAAAAGAUAGUGCCAGUCUCUAAAUCGUUUUGGAGUAAUUUAAAAUUUUUAAAAAUGAUAGAUUUAACUGCUUGGUUGUGAGGGUGAAAUGUAAAAGUAAACGGAAUGUGGUCAGUGUUUUCCUUCUCAGCCGUUUGUAGUGCUGACUGUCGAUCAAUUUGUUGGGCAUGGUGGUGGCCCGCUUGAACGACAGAAACAGGAUAGCCACGUUUAUCGAAAAACUGGCACAUUGCCUCUGAUUUUUCGGAAAAAUCAGAGUCGUCACUACAUAAACGACGAAGUCUGAGAAACUCUGAAAAGGAUGGAGUUUUUGAUGUGUGAUGGAUGUGAAGAUGAAUACAACAAGUAACUAUGUGAAUCUGUAGGUUUGUAGUACACACUAGUGCAUAAAACCGUUGCCUUCAAUUGAAAUUUUGAUGUCUAGAAAAGCCAAAGAAGUGUCGGAAAUUUCCCAGGUAUAUUUAAGAGCAGGAUGAAAGGAAUUGACGGCAGUUCUAAGCUCCUCUUUGGUAGAGGAGGUAGCGCCGAUGCAAUCGUCAAUGUAACGGCCGUAGAGUUCAGGUUUUAGGCCGUGGUGUUGACUAAAAAAUUGAUGUUCGAUAAAACCUUCAAAAAGAUUGGCGUAGCUGGGUCCCAUUUUAGUAUCCAGUUGUUAACACUAAAUUACCUGCUAUACUCUCCCACCGACGCAGCACCGCAGUUUCUUUAGAAACUUACCCCUUUAUACAUUGUAACCCUUUCUCUUUCAAGAUGUCAUUAGCAACUCUCCUUACCUGUCUGUUAUAUGAUUAUUAUGAUGUUACUUGGGAGAAUUUAGUUUUGGAUCAACUAAUAAUCCCCUAAUUGAUAUUUUCCCUAUUCUCAUCAAUUGUGUACUUGUACUCUAUAGAUAUUGUGUGGAGAAAUUCUUUUUUGGUCACUCAUUAUAAAAUGAAUUUUUGGUUAAUUUGGAAGAGAUUGCGGAAGGUUUGCUGUCAAUCCUCUUCUUCUUCUUCUUCUUUAAAACCGAAACCAAAGUUUAUAUAACAGCCAAUCAGAGGAAAGAAAAUACCCUGAAGAGCCAAUGAGAACUCAAAGUAAAAAACAACCAAAAUACCUAAAGCGCGGGAAAACGCGGGCUACCAAGUCGUGAUUGGGUUUUUUUUUUUUUUUCGCAACUUAUCGGUUGAGAAAGAGGCGCGAGUUUUCAGAAACAAUCAGAGAGCAAAGUAAAGCAAAACCAAUGCGAUCCCGGAUCACUUUCGACACUCAAUUGAAAGUUGCUCAAUGUUCUAGGAUGAAUUAUCUGAUCCGACCUUACCCUUGUUCCAGAAUUGACAAUAAUUAUGGGAAGUUUUUUUUUUUACCAAUCGGAUGUGUCUUCUGUGUGUUAAAGGUGGUUCUGAUGUUUCAGAGGAGAAAAGAGCCGACGAAGAACCAGACACAGCGGCCAUGAAGACAGAUGACGGUGAGGAUCUGGAUAAUGAUGAUGACGAUGAGGACGUAAGCUCUCUUAAUGAAGUUGAAGACAAUGGGAGCAGUGGUUGCCGCAUGGAGGAAGUUUACAGCAAGGAAAAAGCCCCUACCGAGAAAAUGGGGCGCUAUCUUCGGAAAGAUGUUGAGUUGAAAACCUUUCAAGUUAAAAUCUAUAAGCUGCCUGUUUCUGUGGGCAAUGGAAGGCCAAGAGUCGUUGAUGGGCUACAAAGUCCUAUUAACAGGACGUCUCAGAGUGAAAAUGAAACCGCUCAGCCGGAUGAGGAAGAAGGUAAGUAACUACUGGUGUCUGAUGAUUCGGAACUUUGGAUUUCCGAUGGAAAUUGCAAAUUAUCUCUUAAGCACGAUAACAGUGAUAAAAGUUGUUGAGCUCCAAUAUUUCCGUUAAUUUGUGUAUAUACACGUACAUAACUUUUGUUUUGGUAGAAAACGACACAAGUUCACCACUAUAUUUAACGCCAAUAAAGAAUUUGCCAGAAGGCCAGAUAGUGUGGUUGAAAGAAAAGAACGCAGUCACUAAAACUACAGAGGAACAAGCGAAGAAAGAAGAAGGAAACAAAGAUGUAUUGGAAGUUAAUUUUGUAGGUAAUGAAACAGUGAUUCAACAGCCCAAAAGAUCAAUGUCAAAAGAUGUGGAACUGGAAAUUGUCACACAGGAUGUUGAUGAAAACCAGUCUGAAACACAAGGAAGAAAGAAACACGGUAAAAAAAAGAGAGGGGAAGAAGAUGAAGAUGACUUUCAGUGGAAUGUUUGUCGAGAGAGUAGUAGUGAUGGAGCUGUAGCUUCAAAUGUAAUGGUUGACGAAAAUGUGGAUCAGGAACAAGUUAUAGAAGAUUCCACUGAAAAGGAAGGCGACAAGAAUGAAGAACAGGCCGGAUUGAAAAGGUAUGACAAUCAAUUGACGAAUAUGAUCAAUGGAGAGCGUGUAAACAGACACAUGGAAGGCUCCAAACACAUGCCCGAUGGAGUGGAAGACCAAAAUGUGGAAAAUGGAUUCGUUACUCAAAAUUUAAGUGAAAAGGAAUGUUAUAGAGAAUGUGACGAAAUGAGCGUGGAAAAUGUAGAACUUGAGGUUGACCCACAGAACCUUGCUGAACAGACGUCGAAUGUUAAACAUGGGAAAAGUAGAGAUGAAAAUAAGAAUUUCUCUGAUGAAACAGCUAUGAAAUCGUGUGAAGUAUGCCAUGAAGUAGUCUCGCGUAACGAAUUGGGAGAAGAAAAAGUAGAACUUGGAGUUGUUCCACUGAACCCUGUUGAAAAUAAGGAAAGAGGAAGUGAAGGAUGUGAAGAUAUGUUAAUUGAAGACGUCAAUUCGUUUGUCAGCCAUGAAACAGCUUGGGAGUGUACUAAACUUGGAUUGGAAAAUGAAAGAGAACGGAAAAUCCUGGAAAUUAAUGACGAUACAUUAGUGAAAAAUGUCGCUCGAGACGGUGUGGAUGGUGACAAUAUGGUAUCGAAUAAAACGGUAGUAGAAGAAGUGGAAACAAUAGAUUCAAAUGAAAAUAUAAGAGAAAACGAAACAAAAAGAAACGAAGGUGUACCAGUAAAAAUUGUUACUCGAGAUUUAAGUGAUUUGGCACUGAUAUCAAGAAAUGCAGCUAAAGAAAACGGGGAAGAAGAACUUUCAGCAAAAAAGAUGAGCGAUAAGAACGAGGGAAAACUGGAAAUUAAUGACGAUCGAUUGGUAAUAAAUGUUCAUCAAGAAUGUGUGGGCGACGAAGGAAACGACUCUGAGAAUACCUUCGUGGAGGAAACUGUACGACUUGAAGAGCUCGCAAAGAAACCAAAUGUAAGGAAAAUCAAGCACAAAAAGAAUGAAUGUGAGUUAGUGAAAAAUGCUGCUAGAAAAUGCGUCGAUGAUGAUGCAUCAGUGGCAGCUGAAACAGUCGAAGGAGACGUGGAGUGUGCUUUGGUCACACAGGAUUCUAUUGCAAGUAGCAAACCAAGAAAAAGAAAGAGGAAAAGAUUAGAAUUGAAUGAGGAGGGGCCCGUGGAAAACUUUGUUGAACAGUGUGUAAGUAAUCGAGACAUGGUUUCAACGAAAGCAGAGACAAUUGAUGGAGAACUUGACGUUACACUGGAGUCUGGAGGAGAGAAAUCCGAAGACGUCUUAAUAAGUGCAAAUGGGUUGGCAAAGAAAACAAAGCACAAAAAGAAGCGGAAAGAAAGUAAUGGAUGCGAGGUAGCGAAAAAUGCUGUUAGAAAAUGCGUUGAUGAUGAUGCAUCAGUGGCAGGUGAGACAGUCGAAGGAGACGUGAAGUGUGCUUUGGUCACACAGGAUUCUAUUGCAAAUAGUAAACCACGAAAAAGAAAGAGGAAAAGAUUAGAAUUGAAUGAGGAGGGGCCCGUGGAAAACUCUGUUGAACAGUGUGUAAGUGAUCGAGACAUAGUUUCAACGAAAGCAGAUACAAUUGAUGGAGAACUUGAUGUUACACAGAAGUCUGGAGGAGAGAAAUCCAAAGAUGUCUUAGUACGUGUAAAUGGGUUGGUAAAUGCAAUUGAUGUAACAACAGCGUUCACGAAUUCGAUGUCAAAAAAUAUGGAACUUGAAUUUGAGCAACAGCAACGUAAUGAAAAGAAAUCUAAACGCAAGAAGAAAAAGAAGAACGAAAACGAGAGAGUGAAAGAAGAUGGAAGCGAGUUUGUAAAAAAUGGUCAUCGAACCAGUUUUGAUAAUGGUUCAAUAGCGUCAAAGGGAGUGGCGGAGGGAACUAUGGCUCAUGAACAAGUUACACAAGAAUCGACUCAAAACAAGGUCGACAGGAAUGAAAACCAGGCAAGAUUGCCUGGAGGUAACGAUAUUUUGGAGAACAAAGUUAGACGAGAGUCCGUGAGUGUUAAAAUGAAAGUCACAGAGAACAUUUUGAACGCCGGUGCAGAAGACGGGAAUUUGGAACUUGAAUUUGUCACACAAAAGCCUAGUGAAGAGAGAUCGAAACGGAAAAAAAGGAGAUCAAAGAGUAAAGAAGACAUAUCGGUAAAGGGUGAUAUUAAAGAGGAUUCGAGUGAAAAAGUCUCGGUUUCAAGGAAAAUGAUAAAAGAAAUUGUGACACAUGACAUUACCAAGGAGACUUCCAUUGAUGAUGGAUUUGAAUUGAAUGGGAAAACUGAGGAAGAACAGAGAUCCAGUUCGGUAAAUGUCUUUAAAACCCCCAAAUCGUCAGCGGUGGAUAGAGAUGAUUGUUGUGAAGAUGAAAGAGAAGCGAAAGACAAAAAAAGGAAAGAUAGGAAAAGGAAACGUUCUCACGGUAAUGAUGGUGAAGGAAAUCCUUUAGAUCACUUAGAAAAAAAGAAAACAAGGAAAACCGAAGAAAAGAGGAGAAGUAGAGAAAAGAAAGGGAAAAUAGAGACUGAAAGGAUACCUGCACUUUUAAAUCUUGAAAAAGCUGAAUCGCUAGAUGACAGUGGCUACAGUGAACACUCACCUACUGUGAUAAAACAGAGUCAUCCACGUUUGGCAGCAGAAGGCGAAUCGGUGACGGAAUCUACUGUAUCCAAAAUCAAGAAAGAAAAAAUCAGCGUUGAGGCUCCAGCUGAUCAAGGUGAGUUGGUGCAGUGAAUAAAACUCUUAGUGGACGUGAAUUUUACACUUUUGCUCGACAAUACACGACAUGGUUUGUGUCUUUUCUCGAAGGAGAAACUCUUCAUGAUUCAAUCGUGAAUGGUUUCACCCGGGGGUUUAAAUAAAAGAUAGUUACCAACGGUCUACCUCUGCCUAAAAUACAUCUUACCGCUGUACAGCCGCUCAUUACACCAUCGGCAGCCGCUUAUGGACAAAGUUAUUGAAACCUCUGUUUACCAGGGCUCUCUCCCCUCUCAUUUGCUCUGCAGCAAGGAUACAUUUUUUUCGGACACGAAAAGGGUGUAAACGAGUAAAUAGUUGUGAAACUUUGCAAUGUUCAAUUAGAUGUUUUGUUCAUGUUUAACAGGUCAUGGAAAGAAAAAAUCCAAGGCGUUGUUUUCUCUUUUGGACCUAGCAUUAGAUGGUGAGUAUCAGCCAGUAGAUAACUUCAUCACUCAUUGUUACAUACGAUGUCGGUCACCACAGUACUUUGAUGAUAUAAGUAAUAGCCCAUCUUGGCGCCAUAGAAAUUAUAUUUUCUGGUGAGAACUGUAUCUGUGCUAAGGGACCUUUCAUCAUUUAUCGUCGGGGGCGGGGGGGGGGGGGAAGAUUUUUAGGAAAAUCACAUGGUUUUCAAGGGGGACGGAAGGGGGGGAGAUCAGUCCUCGCUAAUAGAGUAUAAAGAGGAAAUUUUGUAGAAAAUUGACUGAUAAUGAGGAGGAGGAUCAGGUAUUGAGGAGGGGUUUCAUGUUUUCAUGUUUUUAUCUUCCAAUAUUUCUGAAGUGACUUGGCCCAGUUGUCCUCUUUCAGCUUCGCACAUCCUCGAUGUUUUAUGGUAGAACUCUAUUAACAAGUGAAUUUCUCUCCUGUUAUUUUAGCUGAAAAAUACUUUCCUACCUUUGAUUAAGUUAAUUCUGAACGCAGACUUUUAUAGAUCAGGACUAAGGGUUUUUUGUUGGGCAUUAUCACCAAAGAGAUAUCUCCUAAAGAUAUCCAUUCACCUAGCGGGCUUGGACUGUCCGCGGGAGAAUGUUGAUAAUUUAUGGAUUCAAAUAUUUAUUUAUAUAAAUGGUCGUACCGCAUUCCACAGAUACUGCGGGCCCGAAGUACUCAAGCACCCCGUCCAACCGUCAAACGCCUGUGAGUGAGGGAAGAUCAUCAAGCCAAAUAAGAAGACACUUUCGAGAUAAGCCUAAAGGAUUUACGCGUGUAGUUCAAAAUCGGAAAAUUUCUACACCGAUUAGGACACCAUCGGCUAUGGCGCGCAGACCGCGGACCGAACCCAAAAAGAAUUUUAACCGAGAAAAAGUAAAGAGCCUGGUACCCAGUAACGUCAGUUUUGAUCAAGCCUUGGAGGAUUACUUGUGGGAAACGUGACAAGAUUGUGCUUCUUGGUUCACGAAACCCAUCGGUUGGCGCAAUCUUUAUGGUGUAGGUGUCUUAUUUAUUUUGGGACUUCGUGGUAGAUAAGCACCCAAAUAACCCGAGCAACUUAAUUCGUUGAAGAGAAUAUUUCAAAAUUUCCUUUUCAGCUUAUCUGCUUUUCAUAGCUGAUACAAGAUGUUCCAGUGCAUAAUCCGAAGACUUUAAUGUGUAUAUAAGUGUAUAAAGAUUUAAAUAUUGUCAGAAAGUCUUGAGAUUCCUGCGAGAAUACGUCUGACACCCCAUUCACACCUAAGCUGAAUCAUGUUUUAACGCUGUUUUUUUUUUCCAAAUGUAGUUUUAAAUUACUUUCCUCAUAGAAGCUGCUGAAACCGAUGUUUUUCGACCUCAAAUUCAACACGUUGAAAAUAAAGUUUGAGAACUCUUAGAAACCUAUGGAAAACUCAGUUUUUCAGUUCUUUGUCUCUGAGUUUCUUCAGUUAAACCUGGUUUAACUAAACAUAUUUUGCUGAUGUGAAUGGGGUGUUAUUUCGGUCUCGUCUCUGACCAUGUUUAGAGAUUGCAAAUAGUUGAUUUUAUGUCCAAAAGAACUGCUUUAC